GAUUGUAUCCAAGUUUGGAAGGGAAAUGUAGGGAGAAUGCAUUGAUUGGCUUACUCGGCUGAACGGUAACUUGGAACGAAGCACUUUACUGUGGCGUAAGCCGUAUCCAACCAAAUCCUUAGUGUGCGGAGUGAAACAAUGACCUGACACUGAUACUGACAAGCGCUAACGUGCGCAUCCUCUCUGUCUCUUUUCCCUAUGUUCUGUCUCUCUGCAUUACUCUUCACUCUCAACAACAAACUUGCAUUUUCUUUCUUCUUUCAUGUUCUUGUUCAGCUUGAAAUUUAACCUUUCAUCCCAACCCCAACCAACUCCCAUUUUCCUUCUCCUUUUAGUAAUCAGGGGUGUCUCUGUCUUUUCCUGUGACUCAGAGCUUUCUGCACUGUGAGCUUUCUACAGUGUGCGCUUUUCUUGUCCUUUUUCUUUUCUCCUCACUCUCGUCUCAUGUUCCCAAUCUGACUCCUACCCUUUUUUCUCGGCACAGAAAAGAAACCAUUUUGCUACCAUUUUCAGGAUGAUGUCAUAAUGUGCCUUCCCUUUCUGUGGUAUUACUAUUAGGGUUAGUCCCUUCCUUCUUCUCCACAUUCACCUUCCAAGAUGUUUAGCUUCUCUCGUCGCCGUAUGAAACUUGGCAGAUUGAAGGUUCAGAUUUCUGAGGCCAAUCAGGGAACUAGAACUCCUGUGAGACACCCCAAACGAAACGGAAACUCCAAUGGAGGAGAAGGAGAUGCAGGGUCAAGUGGCCAUUCUGAUGAAAUUGAUUGCCAGCCUUCAACUGAGAUAAGUGCUUGUGCCUCAGGCAGCUCAGAGAAUUGGAUGGUGUUGUCUAUUGCAGGGGACAAGCCUACUCCUAGAUCCAAUCAUGCAGCAGCUGUCAUUGGGAAUAAGAUGAUAGUGGUAGGAGGCGAGUCUGGGACUGGAUUGUUGGAUGAUGUUCAGGUGCUAAAUUUUGACAGGUUUUCGUGGACUACAGCAUCGUCAAAGCUUUACCUGUCGCCGAGCAGUUUGCCGCUGAAGAUUCCAGCAUGCAAGGGUCAUAGUUUGGUUUCCUGGGGUAAGAAGGCACUCCUCAUUGGAGGGAAAACGGACCCAGGAAGUGACAAAAUAUCAGUAUGGGCAUUUGAUACAGAGACAGAGUGCUGGUCACUCAUGGAGGCAAAGGGAGACAUACCGGUUGCUCGCAGUGGUCACAGUGUUGUUAGAGCAAGCUCUGUUUUAAUAUUGUUUGGUGGUGAGGAUGCAAAAAGGAGGAAAUUGAAUGAUCUACACAUGUUUGAUCUCAAGUCUUUGACAUGGCUUCCACUUCACUACACGGGAACAGCACCUACUCCAAGAUUCAACCAUGUAGCUGCUCUUUAUGAUGAUAAAGUUCUUUAUAUAUUUGGAGGAUCAUCAAAAUCCAGGUCCUUAAAUGAUUUGUAUUCACUUGACUUCGAAACGAUGGCAUGGUCAAGAGUAAAGAUACGAGGUUUUCAUCCAUCACCUAGAGCUGGCUGUUGUGGUGUCCUAUGUGGUACUAAAUGGUAUAUUACUGGGGGUGGAAGCAGGAAAAAACGACAUGGAGAGACUCUGAUUUUUGAUAUUGUUAAAAAUGAAUGGUCUAUGGCAAUUGCUUCACCUCCAUCUUCUAUCACUACCAACAAGGGCUUCAGCAUGGUACUCGUGCAGCACAAGGAAAAGGACUUUCUUGUUGCAUUUGGGGGAUCCAAAAAAGAGCCAUCAAAUCAGGUAGAAGUGUUGAUCAUGGAAAAGAAUGAAUCAACACUGGGAAGACGAUCAACUCCCAGUAAAUGUUCAGCAUCUAUACUACUUGAGAAACAUUCAUCAUCCACUAGAUUGGCCUCCCAACUAAAUGAUUGUUCCCAACGUUUAGUUGAAUCAGUUGCUAGACAAAAUCUAGCUUCUGCAAUUGAGCAUGGUUCUGGAAGGAAAUCUCUGUCAGAAUCUCUAGUUGCUGAUCCCAAUUUUCCCCCCACCAACACCUCCCUUCGUAAGCAAUUUGAUCAUGAUGAAGAAUACCAUACAGAUGUCAAGAUGGACAAGAAUUCCGAUGGAAGUUCUUUCCCGAGGGCCGCAGAUCACAGAACAAAUGAAAAUGACCACGGUAAACAAAUGAACAUUAGUGGAGCCAAGAUCAAUAUGGAGGAACACCAGCAAAACCUAGUAUUUGAAAAUGACAUGUCAGAAAGUGAUAACGUGUCAUUUCCUGAAAAUAAAUCAGGAUCACUGUCUACUUCAAAUGUCUAUCACUACUAUGAAAGUAAAGUGGCUUCCCUAAUAAGGAAAAAUGGAAUUCUGGAGGGACAAUUGGCGGCUUCCCUGGCGAGCAAAGAAGCUACAGAGAAAAGCUUGGCAUCUGUUCUUAAAAGUAGGCAGGAAAUGGAGAGAAAAUUAGCGGAUGCACUGAAGGAGAUGGAAUUAAUGAGAGAGAAGCUGGCCGGUCUAGAGUUGGCCCAGGAAGAGGCCAACAACCUAUCAAACAUCGUCCACUCUGACAAUGUAAGACUCGAGCAUGAUGUGGCCUUCCUGAAGGCUGUUUUAGAUGAUACACAGAAGGAAUUGCACUCAACAAGAGGAGUUAUUGCAGGAGAAAGAGCUAGGGCUUUCCAACUACAGUACGAGGUUUUUCAUCUCAAACAGAGAUUGCAAUCAAUGGAAAGUCGAGCAUCAACUACACCCAGGAAACCGUUUCAUGUGCAGUGAGGUGGAUGGUCGAAGUAACUCACCACUUAAAGACUUGAAAUAAAAAAGGAAAAUAAAAUGGAUUUGUACAUAUAUUUGAAUCACUGAAUCACCAUACAAGUACUGCUGCUUCUUUUUUUGCCAUUUUGUCAUUAUUGGAAGCACUUUUUGAGUGUGUGUCUGGAAUGUGUAUUCUUAAUAAUUCGGUG